UCGAUCUGGUAAUUAAUUAAGCAGGUUUGAGAGAGAUGGAAAAGUUUAACAAUAAUUAUAUCAGUUUUUCUUGUUUGGUGUUCUCUUUGUUGCUUUCUUCCCAGCUUCUCAAUGCUCAAACAGCCCAAAAUAAUCCUAUUUUAUCACCAGCUUCUGGUUUUGUUGAAGUCCGACCAAAAGCACAUAUGUUCUGGUGUUUGUACAAGAGUCCAAACAGAGUCGAAGAUCCAAACAAGCCCUGGCCAAUUAUUCUCUGGUUGCAGGGUGGGCCUGGAGCUUCUGGAGUUGGAAUUGGCAAUUUUCUAGAGAUAGGUCCUCAAGAUGUUAAUUUGAGGCCUAGAACUUCUACUUGGUUGGCAAAAGCAGAUCUACUAUUUGUGGAUUCCCCGGUGGGAACAGGGUAUAGUUACGUGGAAGAUGAGACAUUAUUGGCGAAGACGGACGAGGAGGCCGUGAAGGACUUGACAAAACUGCUCGUACAAGUUUUCAACAGGAACCUGACCACUCUUUCUUCGUCGAACGCCAUCUUGCACAUAAUUGGGGAGUCCUAUGGAGGAAGGUUAGGCGCCAGCCUUGCACUGUCCGCUCUCAAUGCCGGAGACUUGAAACUCAAACUUGGGGGAGUUACAUUAGGGAGCACUUGGACCUCACCUGAAGAUUCUGUGUUAUCUUGGGGACCUGUGCUGAAAGAUUUUUCAAGGAUUGACGAAAACGGUUUGGAAAAAGCAAACAGUAUGGCCAUGCAAAUCAAGGAGAAAAUAGAUGGUGGGCAGUUUGCAGAGGCGAGAAAUUUGUCGUUAACACUUCAAGGUGUCAUAAGUGAAUACACCAACUCUGUGGAUUUGUACAACAUUAUGAGAGACUCUUACGAGGAUGUUGUCUCCCCCACGGCUUCAAACUCUUUACAACCGAUUCUAUACAAAUUAAUGAAUGGAGGAGUCAUCAAGGAUAGGUUAAAAGUCCCUCCAAACGUUUCGUGGGAAGCGCCGUCUGUUCGUGUCUAUGAUUCUUUGGUUGGCGACUUCAUGAGGCCAAGAAUCAACGAGGUUGACGAACUGUUGCUCAAGGGAGUGGACGUGACUAUUUACGCUGGACAAGUUGAUCUCGUGGCUCCCACCAAGGGAACUGAAGCCUGGGUUCACAAACUCAAGUGGGAAGGAAUAAAAACAUUUCUGAGCACCAACAGAACUCCAAUAUAUUGUGCCGGUAAUUAUAACAAAACAAAGGGUUUCUCAAGGACAUAUAAGAACUUCCAUUUCUAUUGGAUUCUUGAGGCCGGACACUUUGUUCCAGCGGAUCAGCCGUGCGCGUCAUUGGAGAUGGUGGGUAACAUCGUGAAGCCACAUGCCACUUUCAAGUGAAGCUACAA